ACACACACUUGUUUGAUUUGAUAAACAAUUGAACAGAUUAAGUAUUUUGGGCGUGUUGUUUAACAAAAUUCAAAUUGAUAUUUUUAUUUUUUUAUUAUUAAUUUAGUAAUGUAAGUUGUUAAAUUCAUACUUUUUAGUAAGACUUUCAAAUAUAAGCCCCAUCUAUAAUGCCAUCCACUCUAUGUGUAUUAUGCACAGGCUUACUUGUUUUGUACAGCAUUUACUCUGGUAAAGACUAUAAUUGUUUAUUGAGUACUUUAUGUUUAUUGUUAUUAUUUAAUUUUCAGUAUGUGGUCUCAUGUGUUGGCAUUGUGACUCUCUCCAUGACCCCAAAUGCGUGGAUCCAUUUGAUAAUCACACGAUGCCUAUGAAAAAUUGUAAGGACGAAAGUUUAGAAACAUUUCCUGGUAUAAAACCCACAAUGUGUCGCAAAAUAAGACAAAAAGGUAUACGAUAAUAAAUAAUUAGAGUCCAGAAUUAUAUGUUUAUGUUUAUUUAUGGUGUAGAUAUAUUGGUUCAAAAUGUCAUUGAUUCAUAUCACAUCAAAUUGUAUUGUUUAUUUGGAGGAUUAUUAGCAAUGUUGUAUAUAAUAUGAAUAUUUAAAUAUAUAACUAAUUCAACUUAUUCAAUUAUAGAUGUAUCAAAUUAACAAAAAAAAAAUGUUCAUAUUGAUUCUUAGGGGAAUUUUGUUAAAAUAUUAAAUGGAAUUAAGAUUUUUAUUUUAAUUAAGUUUUCUGUUAGAUACAGACUAUGUUUUUAUGACUAAUUAAAAAUUUUCAAUAAUAUCAAUAGUGAAAAUUAUAGAAUAUUUGAAUCUAUUGAAAGUGUUUCAAGAGGACAUCACAGUAAUAUUUGUGUCUGUUUAUCUUAUUGUCAAUAUAGUGUUUUCAUAAUCCAAUAGUAUUCAGAACUUAAUAGACUUAAAAUAAAAAUUAUUUCACUUAACUAAAAAUGAAAACAUUUACUAUUUUUUUCAAAAAUUGUUUUGUAUAUUCAUCAUAUAAAGUUUUAUUACUGUUUUUGUUUGUUUUGUGUUUGGAAUAAAAAUAGACUGUAUGGAAAAUAUAUUCCUAAUUGCCCCAUAUUAUAUGAUGAGUAUACAAACAAAAAAUCUUUGAAAAACAGUAAAUAUUUUCAUUUUUAAUUGGGUGAAAUAAUUUUUGCUAUUAAAAGUGGAUACAUACUAGAAUAUUUCGGAAUUUGUAAUGUAACAUUUUGAUGUAACUAUGAAUACUCACAUGUGUAAGCCAUUACUGUAUCAAUCGGGUGUACUUGGUAUGUGACGUGGUCGCUCCACUGGGUUGUCAGUUUUUUAAUAAACAUCAAAGGAAUGUUACAUUGCAUAAUGCUGUUGGUAUGUACAGUGAACCAGUUGCUCAUUGCGAAUUGACAUUGUGACCACAUGAUGGAUCAGCAGCAAACAACACAUUCAGUAUACUGUUCAAAGUAAUACACGAAUAGUGUUAGGAAUGUGAACUCAACUACAAACACAUGUUACAUUACACCAAAAUUAUUUAGUGUGUAUCCACCUUAAGAUCCUGAGUACUAUUGGAAGUAUAAAAACAAAUUUUUUUAGAUUCAGAAUGAAGCGAAGAAACUUAUAGUUUUACAAAGAUGUUUAUUUUUUUUUUCUAUCUGUGCGCAACUUGUCUAUCAGAAGAUUUGCUCAGAUUUUUAAGUGUAGCACCUUUUCUGAAAGAAAAUCGGUAUGGGAAGGUACUUUAGGUAGGUCAUUUUUCGAUUUUCUCAAGAGGUUUCCCUGCAAAUGUGAAAAACUGGGAUGAAACAUGGGAAAAAUGUAGAUAAACUGGGAAAAUCAGUACAACAUUUAACAAAUUUUAUUAAAGAAAAUAUAUAAAGCUUAUUUAAUUAUUUUACUAUAAAAUGACAUAUAUAUUGUUGAUAAAGCAUCACUAUCAACUGAAUUCCACUUAGAAUCAUUUGUUUCAUAAGCAAUGGUUUAUCGUUGCUUAUAGGUAUACAUUAAAUUAUCUACAACAGUGGCUGUACCCAUCCCCAUUAUCCUAGGACAUAUUUUUUUAAAUUGUAUGAUAGAUAUGUCAUCCCAUCUAUUGAAAAGCCCUCUUAAUUUUCAUUAUUUUAAUUAUUUUUUUCAGUACUGAUAAGUGUAAAAGUAAUUUGUACAUUUUUGUUAUUAAGAUAAAAUGCAUAGCCUUUACGUAAUGUCAUAAUAUUUGAUAUUUUUCAAAUACAUAUACUUCCAGGCUCUAGUAAUAAUAAUAUGGCUUGUUUAAAAGCUAAGUGUUUUAAUAGGUAUUAAUGUUUUGUUAUUGUUUCCAUUCUUAAUAGUUUAUGGAAAAUGGCGAUAUUACCGAAGUUGUGCUUUUUUGGGUGAACCAGGCAUUGGUGGCGAUGAACGAUAUUGCUUGAUGAGAACAGGCACACAUAAUAUAUUUACUGAAUAUUGUACUUGCAAUUCCAGAGAUGGGUGCAAUAGUGCAUCUGCAAUUUCUUAUUCAGUAUUAAGUUUAAUAUUAUCACCUUUUCUUAUUAUUUUCAGAAUAUUAACAUGAGUUUUACAUAAAUAAGUAAUGUCUGAACAAUACAACUUUUAUAUGAAAUAUUAAAUCUAUUUUUUAUAGCCUUUAAAAAAAAAUUUAUCCUUAAUAGUUGCAAUUUAAAAGGAAUUGAUAAAUCUUUUUAAAACUGUUUUAUUUAUGUGUAGCUUAUGUUAAUUUAACAUUGUUUAUUUGUCUUCAGUUCUAUAGUAGCAUUAUUGUUAGUGUGUAAUUACAUUAUAAUAGUUGUAAUUGAUAAACUGAAAAAUGUAAACGAUCCGUCCAAUUUUUACAUUAUAUUUAUUAUUUAACCACAAACAAAAAUUUGUAUCAAGAAAUAUUGUUAUAAUUAAGGUUUUAAUAUUUAUAUAUGUAUGAUUUUUGUUUGUUCUCAAACAACUAAAAAUCUCUGUCUCACGAGGAUCCAUGCAUCAUAUUUUAAUGUAUACAAAAGAUAUAGAAAAUAUAUUUUGUCAAAAAUUUAUUUUAGGCUGUAAAAAGUCUAUUUAUUUUAGCUAAACAUAGCAUUAUCUCUCGUGUGACAGAGUAAAGAUUAGUUUAUUACAACCUUAAUAUUAAGCUUAAGUUUAAAAUUCUUAUAGUUCACAUCAUACAAUUUAAAAUUAUUUACAAUGUUACGGUUUUAUUUGUGUAUCAGUAUUACAAUUUUUUUUGUUCAUAAGUGUAGAUUUAUUUAAUUUUUAUUGAUUUCAUUAAUCUAUUUAAAUAUAAUUUUAAUGUUAAAUUUAGAACAAUAAGAUUAUAAACGACUUAACAACAUUUUAAACGCUACUUUUAUAUUUAAAAGGAUUUAAUUAUAAAUAAUAUUACUAGCAUUUCUAAAGUUUUUAAUAAUUUGAUUAUGUAACUACAACUUUUUGAAUAGUCUGUAUAAUAUUUAAGUAAAUUUUUGUAAACUGGUAUCAACAAAAUGUGAAUAUUUUAAAAUAUAUUUUUAUA